CCCACUCGUAAGAGCUGGAUCGAGAUACUACGUGAAUUUUAUCUGAGGAAACGUCGUGUUAUCGGCAGGCCCAGACAACGGCCGAGAGAAGGAGCUACACCCAUUAAUGGAUCCCAAUGUCACAGUGUCAACUCUUGGCUGACCUACAUCACCAGGACCUUUCUAACAACGGAUCAGUUACCGCAAGAUGAAUUUGGAACAUCAAGAACUGAAGGAAAGUUAACAAGCUGAUGAAACCGUCUUGAGAGAUGAUGAAUCGCUACACCACCCUGAAGCAGCUGGGCGAUGGCACCUACGGCAGCGUGCUGAUGGGGAGAAGCAACGAGUCUGGAGAGCUGGUGGCUAUCAAGAGAAUGAAGAGGAAGUUUUAUUCUUGGGAAGAAUGUAUGAAUCUAAGAGAGGUGAAGUCACUGAAGAAGCUGAACCAUGCUAAUGUGGUGAAACUGAAGGAGGUCAUCAGAGAGAACGACCACCUCUACUUUGUCUUUGAGUACAUGAAGGAGAACCUCUACCAGCUUAUGAAGGACAGAAAAAAAUUGUUCCCCGAAUCAGUGAUAAGAAACAUAAGCUUUCAGAUUUUACAAGGGCUGACAUUUAUUCACAAACAUGGUUUCUUUCAUCGAGACAUGAAGCCAGAGAAUCUGCUGUGCAUGGGUCCAGAACUGAUCAAAAUAGCAGAUUUUGGUCUGGCCAGAGAGAUUCGCUCCAAACCUCCAUACACAGACUAUGUAUCAACCAGAUGGUACCGAGCCCCGGAGGUGCUGCUCAGGUCGUCUACCUACAGCUCUCCUAUAGACCUGUGGGCUGUGGGCUGCAUCAUGGCUGAACUCUACACUCUCAGACCUCUUUUCCCUGGGAACAGUGAAGUGGAUGAGAUCUUUAAGAUCUGCCAAGUGCUAGGAACUGUCAAAAAGACGGAUUGGUCAGAGGGCUACCAACUAGCAUCCGCUAUGAACUUUCGUUUCCCCCAAUGUGUGCCGACCCACCUGAAGACCCUCAUCCCAAACGCCAGCAACGAGGCUAUCGCCCUGAUGAGGGACUUGCUGCAGUGGGACCCCAAAAAAAGACCCACUGCUGCACAGGCCCUGCGUUACCCGUACUUCCAGGUAGGCCAGAUCUUAGGGCCUCGUCCGCAGAGUCAAGAGGUCAAGAAGGUCCAGGCCAGGCCACUGGCCCAGAAGCAGGCCUCGGAGUCUAAGGUUGAUCCCCAGCAAUCUUCCUCUGAGUCCAAAGCCUCCACAUCCUCCUCUAAAAACCACCACCAGCAACAUCAUCAUCAACCUCUUCAGCAAAUCCCUCUGCCCCAAACUGAGAGUAAACCAGGGGGCCUCAGCCAUGCAAAAGCGGCAUCGCUCGGCAGCGAGAACAGCGUUGGUGGGAUCGGGGUGUUGAAGAGUGGCCGUCGACGCUGGGGCCAAACCGUGGCCAAGACGUCAGACAGCUGGGAGGAAUCUGACCCUUCAGAAACCGCCGCAUCCAACUCCAAGAAACCCAGUCUGGGGAAUUCAGAGGAGGACAGGGGCCCUAAGGAGCACCGCCCACAGCCUAAAGAGCAGAAACCUCUAUAUUCCUUCAGCACUGUUACUAAGCUACCAAACAAUGUUAAGAUUGGCCAAAUGGACUCUAAUCUCCCAGGAUCUGCUGCAAGGCAGCACUACCUAAGCCAGUCACGAUACUUGCCAGGGUUGAUCGGCAAGAAUCAGACCUCUUCUGGAGAGAAGGAGUUGAGUGGCAUGACGCUGCGGGACCUGUGGGAGAACUCCUCAAACACUGUAAAUAAACCACUCGCUCCCAUUGGAGGAGGAUUAUCUGUCACCGGGGCCAACGCAGGGAACUUUGUAAGCACCAAAUAUAACCUCUCUGGUGGUUAUAUCCCUUCAUUCCAAAAGAAGGAGGUGGGCUCAGUGGGACAGAGAAUCCAGCUUGCACCUUUGGCUGGCCAGCACACAAUCAAUCUUUCCUCUUCUCCUGAUAAUAAAAAAGAAAAAUCAAAAUCUUCAAAACCCAAGCCCAUAUCCAACUCAUCUUUGAGUGAAACUAAUGAAGAUUACGAGGGCUGGAAGAGAAGGGCAGACAGGACUCAGAUGAAGGGGAGCAGCUACUCAGCGCUGGGGAAAACCUCUGGAAAUCUCCUGACCAGAGCUCCCGCUGUACAGCCGGUCCACGGCAGAGUGGACUGGACUUCCAAAUAUGGUGGAAAUCGGUAGCUCAGAAAGAACGUGAUACCGCUUUUACUACUUGCCAGACUGUGUUGCCUGGUGGUACACAUCUUUUGCUUAGGAAGAUAACCUGAAGUGGAGUUUAAAACACUUUUAAACCUGGAGGAAACUGUAAGUUCCCUGAAACAGCAAAUCCAAUAUCGAGGUAGCUAGUAGAGGACAAAUAGUAGUCACAAAAGAUGUACAUCCCGCACUCUCUGAGGAGACAUUUUUCAUGCCAUAAUGGCAUAGUUUUGUUUUUCAGAAAGCCUGAGGGAAGUAGCAGCUAGCUGUGAAUGUGCAUGGUGUCUCUGUGUUUUGGAGAUGACGGUUGCCAUGACGCUGAAUCAAGACUGACAUUGUCUGCAAGACAAUCCCACUGCAUUCCUGAGGGAUCCAGUGUGAGCCAAUUCUACUGUUAGUGUUGGGAUAUUCUGAGUAGGAUUUUAAUGUAGCAAAACUUUUUUUACUUGUAGUUUUUAUUGUCAAGUAUUGUUUUACUACUGAUGACAAAGCAGUCAUUAUUAACGGUUCCUGCGAUGCUAUGUUCUGCUUUUAUUCUCAUGAAAAAGGAAAAAAAUGAAGUGUAAUGGCUACAAACUUGUUCUGUGUACUGAUAACUGCACACCUCUUUGUAUUAUGCAAUGAAUUAAC